AUGACCUUGUCCAUCACACCGGUAGCCUUGCCGAGCAGCGCUCUCCUCAAUCCCAAGGAGGCGGCUGUGUUUUACGAGUCCGCGUGCCGUAGUGAAGGCGUCUUUAUCCAGUCGACGUUUCUCAAGCAGUUGCUGCUCGGCUCCGUGAUCAUCCAGUUUGAAAAUGGCUACCUUGGCGAAAGUGGGGUGGGCCCCAUCAUUCGAACCCUUCAAUGCGCACCACUUCGUGCUCUGCUCCUCGCAAAAUGUGCGUUGAGUACGGAGGACAUGAAGACAGUGUGUGCCGGCCUUGCGCAGCACCCGCAGCUGGAGAAGAUCGACAUCCGUGGGGUUCCCUUGACCAUUGGUGGGGCCAAGGAACUGCUGCACCUCGUGACACAUAACACGCACAUUACAGAGGUGCUGAUGGACGAGUCGCUGCCAAAGUACGUCGCCAUUCAGCGGCAGUGCAACCGCAACGCGCAGGCCACGUACCAAAUCAACGAGUGUAUGAUCUGCGGAGCGGCUGUGUCGUCCAAGGCGGGAACGUCCUGCGAGACGCUGGUCACUCGCUUGCUGCUCGAGUACUGGAUGCCCGCCUCAGAGUCCGUGAGCGUUGCUGGCUUGCGAGUGCUGUGCGGUGCUUGGCAGGAGUGCCUCAAUCGCAACAAGGGCAUUCUGGCGGUCUGCGCUGGCCUCUGUGCGGAGUCGCUCGCGGAGGACUUGUGCCGCUGCGUGUCCAGCGUCACCAAGGCCCUCGUGAUGCAGAUGCCCUACGAUGCGCCGAACCUCGUCUUUCUCCGCUCCUACCUCACACGCGAGCAUAGGCUACUGCAGGCGGAGGCGGAGGCGGAGCAGACCCAGCAGCCUGAGCCCGGCUCUGCGCCCUCGCGGUCUCUGCUGGUCCCUGGGCCGGUGGAUGCUGCGGUGGAGGAGCGAUGGCGCACCAAACGUGCUCGCACCGAUAUCGAUGCCUUCUUCCAGGAUGACAGCCCCCUCUGUCUUCCUCGCUGCACCGUGUGUGGUUGCCUAGCCGAAUGCUCCCAGGACGGCCCUACGUGGCUGCUACGCGUGCUGCAGAAGGACAUCACCGAGCAUGGGGCUGUAGUUACACCGGUUGCGCUCGUGCGGCUCUGGCGUCUAUUCGGGGUCUACGCGAACCUGCAGCCGUGCUCGCGACGUUGUGUGCGCCACCUGGUGCGUUACGGCUUGUACGGCUACGGCGGCGUGAACUGUAGCUACGCCAGCGGCUACCCGCCACUCUCGAGCGCAGUAGGCGGCUCCGCCGAGCUGCAGCGACUUCCUCUCGUCAACUUCAGUGUUGUGGACGUCGAGCGGGAGGUGGUUGAGGACGUCUGUGGCGGGGAGCUCAACUGCGCCUUGACCGUGGCAAGUGCACUGGGGGACGAGGAGGGGGCUCCCAUGGACCCCUAUCUUCUCUUUGCGAUUGGCCGGCAGCUGCGCCAACAGUCGGUGCGCACCAUUGGCAUGGAUUUGGCCAGUGCCUGCGAGGCGGCGCGGUUGGUUGGGUGUCUCCCUGUCAGCGAAGCGCCGUUCCAGUACCGUGGGCGCAACAACACCGCCGAAGCACCGCCGCGAGACCUUGUCGCGGACUGGGCCACGUGGAGCAGCAGCAGCGGUGAGGCCACGGUGCGGAAGUGGCUCCACCGCGCCUUUGCUCACCGGCGGCAGCGCGUCUGCGUGGUGGAUGGCCCGCAUCGUGAUCUCUUUGAUAACAUACGCGCCGCGCUGUGGACGCUGCGGCGGCAGGCACGCUCCAUCUUGGUGACCGUGAAGUUUGCCGUGGCGUGGCUGUCGCUGCCGAACGGGGUCAUACCGCCUGAUACGUCCGUCCACAAGCACGGCUUCUACACAACGGCAAAGGUAAUUGGGCAGAGCACACUCCACAACACGGUGUACAUCAUUCUCCAGUUCCCGUUCGGCAUCCAUGUCGGGUACAAGGGCUUCUUCUAUCUUCCCAAGACCGUCUUCCUGCAGAUCGUCCGAGGACUCGCCUUUGUCUUUCUGGACGCUGUAGGGAUAGAGUAUCGCUCAGCAGGUGGAGCCGCGUGCGUGUAUGGCUACGAGUUGGUUGGCCGCCCCGUCGGUGCCACAUCGCCGGACGCGCUUGCCCUUCUGCGACGGCUGCUGAUGUGCUCGAUGGUGCUGGGACUAGAAGAGAGACAGGUUGCGGCCACAGUGUGGCGGGCCGCGCUUGGGUCGUGCGACGUGAAGGAAAUGCGGCGCCUCUUGAGCCACGAGCAUCUGCCGGCCCCGCUGGAGUUUUUGCGCAGCUUUUUGGAGGCGAGGCAGGUGGUGAAGGCGGCGUCUGACCUCUCAGACUGUCGCCUCGACAUUGAACGGCGACGUCAGUGUCAUGCAAAUGCUCCGCGCACGUACUGGGAGCGAGUGCUGCUCUGCAGCCGCUUCCCGUCUCAGCUGCUGUUCUUCUUUAGUGAGCUCAUCGGCACUCAGGAAAGCUUCGAUUGGCUACAAGAGGCGCUACGCGCCGCAUCUGCACCGCUCACGACCGCAAGAGGCGGCGGUACAUCAGACCAAGCGACACUGAGCUUUAAUACGGCGAAGCAUGGGGCUGAUCUCAUGUCCCACCCACCCACCGCCACAACUGAACGCCAGUGGAUCGUGACACUCACAGCCCCGUCGCAGGUGGUCACCACCGUUCGCUUUCCGGAGUGUUCUCUGCGGCUCGAUAGCACCCCGGUGGGCGCCACGGCAAGGCGGUCGCCAUCGGCGUCGCAGCAGCGCCGGAGCGUGAAGCUCGAGCAGACGGUGUCGAUGGCCCCCAAGCAUGCCUCGGCCAAGACUCCGAAGCCGCCGUCCGCUCUGCCGUUGAGCGGGAGGAGGGGAAAGACACUGAGGCAGUCUUCUGUGGCCAGCUCGGCGCCGAAAGGACCGCUUAGGGCGAAGUCUGCGGAGAGCCAAGCGUCAGAAGAGGGCAUGAGCACCGCUAGCGCUACUUCCACGGCCUUUCGGACGGAGAGCCGGUCUUCGUUUCCGUUUGACAAGAACCCCUUGCUGCGUCAGCUUCAUCGGAGGUGGGCGGAGGAAAGGGCAAAGCGGAAGGAGAACCUUCAGGCAGCGUCGUCGGUUGGGAUGCUCGAGUUUCUGCGGGCACUCCAGCGACCUAGCUCGGCUGUGAAGCAACUGAGAAGGGGUUCACACAGCGCAUCGCAGACGGUGCACGCAGAUGACAUGCCAGCUCUCGACGCUUCGAACUACGCUCAUGCGCCCGCGGCGAUUCCGGGACGACUGUUGGGCAAGCCCUGGCUGGUGGUGCCGUUCCCGGAGAGCACAGGCAACAGCAACAACACCGCCACCUCCUCCUCGUCAUCCGUGUCCGACACCCUGCUCCUGUUCAUUGGUGAUACUGUGAGUGCCUACAAUCAGCGCGAGUCCAGAUUCCUCUGCGGUCCAGUCACAAUGUGUGACGAUCCUUUGCUAGUCGAUUUUCCCUUCCGCACGGGUGUUGACGCGGCCGUAGCUCACCCGACUGAGCCUCACCUCGCCUUCUUCUUCUCCGGGAGAGAGUGGCUGUUGUUUGAUUUCUACCUGGCCGAGUGCGUGGAUGGUCCCUACGCGACGAGCAGCCACGGUCAAUUCCGUCGGCUGCCAUCCAUCUUUCACGAUAGACUGGAUGGCGUUGUGCAAGUCCCCCAUACGCAGCUGCUCGUCUUCUUCCGUGACUACUGCUACGUUGUCUUUGAUACGUGCACACGGCGAUGCGUCGGCGGCAUGGGCUUUCUCAACCCGCCGUCGAGGGAGGCCGUUGGCGCAGGCGGUCCACCUGUCUUAGCGGGGCAUACCUCUUCCUCCAUGCCGCCCGCGCUAGAAGACCUGAUCCGGACUCUGCAGCAAACAACCGCCGCGUCGCAAAGUGUCAAGUCCGCACAAGUGCGUCGAGACAAAUCAAACGAUGUGGACAGCGACGCUGACGACGACGCGGUGCAGGCGAUGGCCGGUCCAAGCGACACAGACACGACAGCGCUGCCGCUCAUGCUUUCCACGCAGCUCCAGGGUCUUCUGAUGACAGCACCCAUGACGGCCUUCUGCGUUCGCAGUGCCGACUCUGGGAAGAACUCAGAGGCCUGCUAUGUGGUGAGUCGCACCGGCGCCGUGAUACCCGUGUGCUGGCAGCCCCUGGAAGACGUUUCGGCGGCAGCUGAAACGCAGGAGAGCGGCGUGGGCGUGCGCCAGGAGCCACAGCGCCGCUGGCUUUUGAAGGUACAGGAACAGGCAUCUCCCACCGCGGCGACGCCCCUGCGCAAUCUGCCUCUUCUCUUCCGGCAGUUCACCACAGCGGCGCUCGCGGACUUGUGUAAGCUGGCAGUUGAGACAGAAUGCACGUUCGCGCAGCCAUGCGCCGUCUCAGCUGCCUCCUCGUCACAGCUGUGCGUCUUUGAUCCUGAGAGGCAGGCGCAAACCCGUAACAUAUCCCCGCUCGCCGCCGUGAACCCGCCUGACGCAGGCAGAGAGGGAGACAGUGUCACCGCCAAUACCUCCUCCGGAACGCCAUGCUCGAAAGGGGGCCGCUGUGGAAAACCACUUCCGACCAGUGCCUUGGUAAGAGUGACUUCCUCGCUCAUUGCGACAGGCCUGGGAGAGCGGGUGCCGUUGGCGCUAUCGCGCUGCUGGUCAGCUCAGGAGACUGACGUCGAGUCGACGGAGAACUCGACCUGGCACGACGAAGUUCUCUUUUACGGCGACGCAGAGGAGCCGCAUCGGCCGCGUGCGUCUGAGAUAGCGGAUAGUCUCGCUGCCGAAGGCCAGCUGUCGCCACCGCCGCUGGAGCAGGAGGCUUCUGGUUGCGCCACAGAAGUGGACGGUAGGCAACGGGUAUCCUUCAUCGAAUAUGACCUCGGCGCCUCCGCCCCACAGCGCAUCUUCACGGCACUGUUGUUGGUUCUGGACACCUCCGCGCUUCCUUCGUCACUUUUGCAGCUCUCCUCCUUGGUGGCCUCCGUGGACAGCAGCAACGAUGGCAAGAUGUACUUUUCCCAGGCUCUUGUUCGAAUUACCAGCCCCGUGGUGGCGGCGCGUUGGGGUAGCGGCGCCGGCUCUGUGACUUCCUCUGCCGCGCGCUUCUGGAGGCUGCGAUUCCGCACGCCGGUGCCGGCCUGUCUCGGCGUUGUUCGUCUCUUCUGGAUGGAGACAGCCCCGGGCAGCUUCGCAGAGACGCAGCUGCCCGCGCCCACGGUGCUCUCGCCGUGCAUGCCGGUAACGCUGACGGUGCCGCCACGACGGCGGGAGCUCACCGCCAGUGAUGGCGAUGUCGCAGACGUGCAGCCGUCGUCUCGCGAUGGUAGAGCCGCCACCGGAGAUCCCCUCAUCAUUGAGGCAGAGGAGCUGUUCCAAGCAUCGAGGGGGCUGCUCUCGAAUGACAAUUUUCACCCCGUGUUCGCUGAUGACCCGAGCCGCAGCGGCGCCGGUUGGUUCGUCCCGCAUGCCGUGAUGCCGGAGCUUGUGAGCUCCUCCAUUUCGACAUGUGUCUUUGUAUGUGCUUCCUCCAUACUGCAGCUGGGUUGGGCCCACCAGGGCGCAGGCAUCGCUGCGACACAAGCAGAGGCACAACCCAUGGUGCGCCGCACGGGUUUCCGCGACAUACCCUACCCUUUUGUGCUUGGCUGGGAUGCCGUCUUUUACGUCGCCCCACGCGAGCACCCAGGCAGGGUCGCCCUACUCCGCGGUGAUUGGAUGCUGCUGUGGGACCUUCACGAGCAACGACCCCUUAGCGACGUGCUGCUGUGGCGCACCUCGGCACUGCUGGACAAACUAGGGUCGCUGCCCAUCGCCGCCGUCAUUGCUGUCAUCAAUUGCUGGUCUAGCGAGGAGGGUGACGCGGUGAUCGGUAUAUUUCACGUCGCGUCGUCGCUAGAGGAACGAGAGGUCAAGUACGUGGAGUUUGAUCUGAAAACAGGUGUUGUGCUGGAUCUUCCAGUGCUGCUGGCCGCAUGUUUGAUGGAUCGCUUCCAUGCACCGCCGCCGCCCCCUGGCAGCACCCUUCAUACAGUCUUGUGUACACCAUGCUCGCCGUCGACGUGGUACAUGUUUUGGGAUCGUAGCGUGCAAACAGUUUCCAGGACUGAACUCAUGGCCGAGAACGGCGAUGGCAGUGAUGAUGGGGCAGCUUCUGCCAUCCCGUUGUCCGAGUCGCGUCUCUUCUAUUCGGUACCGCUCUACCUGAGCGAGUGGGGGCAACCGCAGCACCACUGUAGCGUGUUGCUCGAUGUGCCGCGACUCCUGAACGCCGUGCAAGGGGAGUCGGGCGACGGUCUCCUGAUCACCGGCAUGCAACUCUACAGCGCUGGCGGCCGGGGCGGUGAGAGGACGUGCUGGCAGGUGCAGUGCAGCGAGAACGGAGGGGGCGAGUGGAGGGAUAUGGCAAUGCACUACCAAGCUGGUGGGGGCCGUGCGUGCGGCGAGACGCUAUGGACGCCAAGUGAUGCCUGCGCGCUGAGCAACUACCCCUACUGGCGGUUGUCGCGUGUAACAGCCUCGCAAGAUCCAAAUGGUGCCUUCGCUGCUAUACCGUCGUUCGUUGCAUUGGAGACUGCGGUGGCUCAAUCAUACUCGCAGCUGCGCCUGCUGACGGUGCCACGACGGCGCUGCCGCCGGCUGCCGACGCACAUUUCGGGCGACGCAGCAACAACACCAGUGGCAGACAUCAAUUCUUUCUUCUCCCAACGUGCGCCAGGAGCUGUGACGUUGUCGUUGCAGCCGUGUGCCUCUGCCUCGGCCAUUCCCUUGAGCGCUUUGUCUGACGGCGUUAUGUACGAGCUGAUGUGGGACUACGGAUCGUCACCGGUGGCGUUGUGCAGUGUUGCCUUUGAGCCUCGCGAUACCUCGCCGUUCACUGUUCAGUGCACGUGGACGAUGUGGCACAGCAGCACGGCUGUCGGGCCGGGUAUCUGCUGUGCCACGACGACAAAGCUGAUCCCCGGCAGCGACACUUGCGGGAGGUGCACACUUUCCUGGCUGCCAGAUGGCCCCUAUCGCUACUGGCGCCUGCAGUGUGAAUGGAGGGCGGUAGCGGGUGCCGUCUACGGUGAUCGCCCCCCGGCCUCUCUCACCAUCUCGUCUUUCAGUGCACACGAGUACGACGGCCCCCUUAUUACCGUGUACAACGCAAGCGGCGGCUGUCUGAGAGCGACCCCAUUGUUGUGGCCGAUGGCAGAUGGCGCGACUACCUCGCCAUAUCAGCUGCAGUGUGUCGCCAACAGCGUCAUCCAGCUAAUGAACGUUCCGCUGGGCCUAACGUUCUGGGAAACAGAGUUCGUUGGUGAAAGGGGUGGCUGCAUGGCUCGCAUCGCUGUGGAGUCUACCAACGACGCAAGAGAAUGGUCUAUUGCAGCUGAGACGACGAUUCACACGGGAGUGGCGAGUGCGUCAAGACCGCAGCUGUGCUCGCUCUCGUGGCCGAGCUGCGGUGCACACGUCCUCUGGCGCCUGCGCGUGCUUGAAUCAUCCGCUGACGUAACGCUGCACUUGACGCAUGUGCGGCUCGGCCACUGCCCAACAGCCAGCCACAUCUCCAUGUUUGUGCCCCAGCACACGGCGAGCAACCCAAUCUGUGCAGCGACAGCGGCCGCCACCGCCGGAGCCUUGCGCAGGAGCUUGUCCAUCACGGCUGUGGUGGAAGCACCAGUCGAGGACGCACCCGUCUCGAUGCUGAGGUUGACACGUCCGCAGCGCAUGGUGCGGGUGCGCGCCACGCUUCCGAGCAGCGCUGCCCGCUACCACGUAGAGUACCUGGGCCCCGAUGGGACUUCGUGGCUUUUCGCAGGUGUGAUGGAUAGCGGCCGUGCAGAUGCGCGGCACAGCGCCUACUCAUCGAACAGGUCUUCCGCGGUUGUGGGGUCCGUCACCUGGGAUGGUACUCUUGUUUCCCCCAGUACCCACUGGCGCCUUCGCCCGGUGGAUGAGACCUCGCUCGAUCAGCCGCAGGGUGUCGAGUGGUUCGAGCACAGCAGUGAGUAUUCGGAGCUGGUCGACACAGCAGAGAUACCAGGCGUGGUCGUAAGCACUACCGGGUUCACGGAGGUGCAGUUUCCAAGCAUCUUGAGUGGCAGCGCAGCGCACAGCAGGACAAGAGAUGCAUCCACGGCGCGCAUAGCUCCCCCGAUGCCGGUGCUUCAGUGCACUGCGCAGAGUCUCCAGGGCGCAGACACGGCGCACGAUUCGACACCGACUGCGGUGACGUGGUCCUUUCUUUCUCCCGCGAUGUUUGACCAGGUUCUGCUGUUUGUACAUUCCACCGUAGACGAACCUGUCACUCCCACCGUCGUGGAGACACCUAGAGAGGAAAGCAGCGCUUCGGCGUCUGCUGACGCGGAGGCGCCACCGCCACCAGCACCGCAAGUGUCCGCGAAUCAGCCGCUUCGGCAGGUGCUCGUGGAGACAAGCGAUAAUGGUCAGGAUUACGUCGCCGUUGCGGAAACCGUGCUGCGUCUGUGCGACCAGACCGUCUCCCUUCGCUGGGUGGAGGUGCCUACGGCGGCCUUUUGGCGGCUUCGCUUCGCCCCAUACGUGGCGCCACCGGCAGCGUUGCCAGAAGAGGCACCACUGCCGGUGGAGGAGUCAUCCACCUUCACUCUUAGCUUGUACGCAGCACGAUGGCUGAUUCGACGUGGUGGCCACGCUCUUCUUGCCCAGGCUACAAAGCCCACACCGGGGCACUACACCAACACCAUCUUCCGCUCAUGGAUCUCUGACGCAUUCAACCGUGAAGGUGUUUUCAUGCAGUCGUGCCUGCAUGCAUUUGAGGAGUUCAAGGGCACGCAGAAUCAACGGCCGCAGAAGAACACCAUGAGCCGACUGGGGAAGGUGGCAGGCACUGUGCAGAAGAUGAAGCAAAUGUACCAGGCCUUCCUGCAGAAGGCAGCAAAGGAGGCUGGGAGCCACAUGCAGCUGGGCGGCGAGGAUGCUGCGCAGGAGGCAGACGGCAGAAGCUCACGCGCGGUAGCCCCUCUGUUCCCGCCUUCAGUUCCUGCGGAAGUUUCGGAGUGGCUCUCGAAGAAGCAUCUCUCGUCUGAUAUCAUCUACCUUCUCGUGGCGUCGACGACGGCCACGUCAAUCGGCGGCCCGCACGUGCUACACCUCGCCGAGCUUGUGCAUCAUCCCCUGGCGUUCCGGCAAGCGCUGCAGUUCACGAAGCGGACAACGUCCUGGUUCUACCCGUGCCUGGAGGCCGUCGGCUCCCUAGCGGAGGACUGGUACGGCUUUCCGGCUUCUAGAGUAUGCGCGUCCCUUUCCGUGUUCUGGAGUCUCUCCACCCUGCUCCAGCGUCAGCUUGACGCGCUGCUCUCCACAGCAGACACAAUCACAGCGCUGAACGAGCACGUUGCGAGCCCGCUCGUUGUCGUUUCCAUCACUGAAUCCAACUGGGUGCCAUUCCACCACUUCCCGACCGUGGCACCGUUCCUCUACGCCGUUGGCUUCCACGAACGGUCCUUUACAAUGGCCUUCGCAAUCAACGACAUCGUUUUCACGCCGCCGUACGCGAUGGGCGUCCCCAGCGCCCGUGACUCACAGCCUCUUUUGAGCCCGUACCCUUACAUGAUCGCCGCGGGUGUCAACUUUGUGCAGCAAUGUCCGCUGGGGUGCUGCCCGGCCCCAGUGAUGGAUGUGCUGCGCUACAUCCUUCCGGCAAGCGCCUUCGCGAUGGAUGCAAGAGGGAACGCGAUUGUGCUGACCACGUUGGUGCUGACGGUCGGCUCGCUUCGCGCAGGCAGCGGCGUCGGCGGCGAGGAGUGCAGCGCGGUGCUGCGCUUCACCGUGUCCGGUAAUGGCGUCAACUUUGGUCUUACUGGCCUCGUCAUGGAAUCGAUCGAGUUCGAGGUGUUGAUGCUAAGCGCCGAUGGCGUCUCCGCGGACCGCCACGCACCUGCGGGGCAGCGCUUCCAUCAGAUGAACUUUGUUUCUCACGGAGCACGCUUUGCAGGCGGCGCUGGUGCCUUAGCGGGACUGCCAGCAGCACAGGGGGAGGAUGACGUCUCAGGCCCUGAAAUGGAACUUCCUUUGAGUUUGAUGGGCGCGGUGGAUAGCGAUGGGCUGCCCUUGGUUAGCCUGCGCGGCGAUUUCGGCAACGCUCGCUUUGCAACAGUGGCGGAGCUUCCUGGCGCCGUAGUAACUCACCUGCGGUUCACAACCAUCUGCCAUGUGGAAGGUUCCGUCCCCGUGGGGGACGCGUCCUCGACUGGAGACGGAGGAGGCGACAACAACGUCGCGCAUUGGGUCUUUGCGCCGUUGGAGGGCGAGGGGCAGGUGCUCCUCCCUGGGGUGUUGUGCAGCUGCAACUGUGGCUGCAGGGUCGACACCACCUGCGGGAAGAGCAAAUGGCCGGUGCGGCUGAGUAGCUUUCACAUCGCGGUGGAUCGCUGCUCUGUCGAGGAUCUGGAGGCGGUCUUUCGCGCGUGCAGGGGUGACGAGCGAGACCUCGGUCAGGAGCUGUUUUUGCCGGCAAGGCGGGACGCCACGGCCUAUGAUGUAGGCGGGCUGCGCGUUGAAGUGGCUGCCUCCUUGCGUUUGUUGACGGGCCACGUUGUUGACGACCGGGUGCUCAUGUCGCUGAAAGGCAUGGCGAUCCUGAGCCUGGAGAACACGGCUAUACCUGAUGCGACGCUUGAGAUGGACUGUGAGGCCGGCGUUAUCGCUCUAACGGCGCGAUGCGUGCACUCGCUCGUGGUUGGCGCCACUCUCUUCGAGGGAUGUUCGGAGAAGCCCAUCUUGAUACAGCUUCUUCGCCCCGUCGGUGUAUCCCGAAGUAUGGGUGAGAAGACAGACCAGGGCUCGGCCCCCGCGUCGGCACUCCGUUUCUUGGUGUGUGGCUACGGUCGCCUCUUCGGCGUCCAUCACAUGGCUCACGUGACGCUGGAACUGUCGCAGAGCACGGAGCGGUUCAACUCGGUGACUUUAGUCGCCGCAUCUUUGCGCCACGCCGGCCUCGUCGUUACUCUCCAGGAUUGUGCUGUGUCGGAGGUGUGGCGCUUCGCUCAGACAACGAUGAACGAACAUGCUCUACGAGGCAUAAUCGAGCGUGACAUGGGUGGUGUGCCGAUCAUUGCGGCGAUGAAGGCUCACCAAAUCCCGUUGGCGCUUUCUAUCGCCUCGAUAGUCCCAGAGCCGUACGACAUUGUGGCGCAGCGCUUGUCGUGUCGCGUGAAGGGUCUGCUCUAUGGCGCAUCCUUUGAUGUGGUCACCUCUGUUGUGGCGCCAGACGACUCCGAGGACCUGUGGUCCCUUCUCGGAGCUCAGUGCAUCCCUGCGAUACUCGAGCAGUGCGAAGCAAAUCUGUGGGCCUCCUAUGCCAACAUUGUUGGUCUCCGUGAGACCCGCAGCGGCUGCCCCCUCGACACGAACGCCGCAGUAUAG